GGAGCUCCUGGCCAGGGGCAUAGUAGUUGCUGGGGACCCUUUUCUAGGUACUAGGGGAGGUGGCUCCCCAGCUUGCGGCAGGCAGCUGCCUCCACGAUGUUUGGUUUUAAUAAAGUCUCUUUGUCUCCUUCUCUGUCUCUCUGCCCCUCUGUCGCCCCUUCUCUGUCCAGUCCCUCUCUCCCCGGCUUCUCCCUCCUUCUAGGCCUCGGCGGCCCCUCCCCGCCUUCCCUCCCGGGCGGGGGGCGGCGCCGUGACGCGGCGGGGCGGGGGAAGGAAGGGGGUGUCGCUGACGCCGCGGCGGCCUCCGGCGGCUCCGGCCUUUUGUGCGGGCGGUUGGGUCGGGUGGGGGCGGCGGCCGCGGAAGGCCAGGCCGGUGCCCUGCGGGGACGCCCAGCGCAGCCCAGCCCCGCGCAGCCCGGCCCUGCCCUGCCCUGCCCUGCGCCCGGGGCGCGCCCGCCGCGCCGCAUCCAUGUUCGACACCACACCCCACUCUGGCCGGAGCACGCCAAGCAGCUCCCCAUCGCUCCGGAAGCGGCUGCAGCUCCUGCCCCCAAGCCGGCCCCCACCUGAGCCAGAACCAGGCACCAUGGUGGAGAAGGGGUCGGAUAGCUCCUCAGAGAAGGGUGGGGUGCCUGGUACCCCCAGCACCCAGAGCCUAGGCAGCCGGAACUUCAUCCGAAACAGCAAGAAGAUGCAGAGCUGGUACAGUAUGCUGAGCCCCACUUACAAGCAGCGUAAUGAGGACUUCCGGAAACUGUUUAGCAAACUGCCCGAAGCAGAACGCCUCAUUGUGGAUUACUCCUGCGCCCUGCAGCGCGAGAUCCUGCUCCAGGGCCGCCUCUACCUCUCCGAGAACUGGAUCUGCUUCUACAGCAACAUCUUCCGCUGGGAGACCACCAUCUCCAUCCAGCUGAAGGAAGUGACAUGCCUGAAGAAGGAAAAGACGGCCAAGCUGAUCCCCAAUGCCAUCCAGAUCUGUACAGAGAGCGAGAAGCAUUUCUUCACUUCCUUCGGGGCCCGUGACCGCUGCUUCCUCCUCAUCUUCCGCCUCUGGCAGAAUGCGCUGCUUGAAAAGACGCUGAGUCCUCGCGAGCUCUGGCACCUGGUACAUCAGUGCUAUGGCUCAGAGCUGGGCCUCACCAGUGAGGAUGAGGACUAUGUCUGCCCCUUGCAGCUGAACGGUUUGGGGGCCCCCAAGGAAGUGGGAGAUGUGAUCGCCCUGAGCGACAUCACCUCCUCGGGGGCAGCUGACCGAAGCCAGGAGCCAAGCCCAGUGGGUUCGCGCCGUGGCCGCGUCACGCCCAACCUUUCCCGAGCCAGCAGCGACGCAGACCAUGGGGCAGAGGAGGACAAGGAGGAGCAGGUAGACAGCCAGCCAGAUGCCUCCUCCAGCCAGACAGUGACCCCGGUGGCUGAACCCCCGAGCACAGAGCCCACCCAGCCUGACGGGCCCACCACCCUGGGCCCCUUGGAUCUGCUGCCCAGCGAGGAGCUGUUGACAGACACGAGUAACUCCUCUUCGUCCACUGGGGAGGAAGCGGACCUGGCUGCCCUGCUUCCCGACCUCUCCGGCCGCCUCCUCAUCAACUCCGUCUUCCAUGUGGGCGCUGAGCGGCUCCAGCAGAUGCUCUUCUCGGACUCGCCCUUCCUCCAGGGCUUCCUACAGCAGUGCAAGUUCACAGACGUGACCCUGAGCCCCUGGAGCGGGGACAGCAAGUGCCACCAGCGCCGGGUGCUGACGUACACCAUCCCCAUCAGCAACCCACUGGGCCCCAAGAGCGCCUCUGUGGUGGAGACACAGACGCUGUUCCGGCGCGGCCCCCAGGCCGGCGGGUGUGUGGUGGACUCCGAGGUGCUGACGCAGGGCAUCCCCUACCAGGACUACUUCUACACUGCCCACCGCUAUUGCAUCCUGGGUGUGGCUCGGAACAAGGCGCGGCUCCGAGUGUCCUCUGAGAUCCGCUACCGAAAGCAGCCAUGGAGCCUGGUGAAGUCGCUCAUUGAGAAGAACUCGUGGAGCGGCAUUGAAGACUAUUUCCACCAUCUGGAGCGAGAGCUCACCAAGGCCGAGAAGCUGUCUCUGGAGGAAGGCGGGAAGGAUGCCCGGAGCUUGCUAUCCGGCCUGCGGCGGCGGAAGCGGCCCCUGAGCUGGCGGGCUCACGGGGACGGGCCCCAGCACCCAGAUCCUGACCCCUGUGCCCGGGCUGGCAUGCACACCUCGGGCUCCCUCAGCUCCCGCUUCUCCGAACCGUCUGUGGACCAGGGCCCCGGGGCAGGCAUCCCCAAUGCCCUGGUUCUCAUCAGCAUCGUGAUCUGUGUGAGCCUUAUCAUCCUCAUCGCCCUCAACGUCCUGCUUUUCUACCGCCUCUGGUCCUUGGAAAGGACAGCCCACACCUUUGAGUCCUGGCACAGCCUGGCCCUGGCCAAGGGCAAGUUCCCCCAGACGGCCACAGAGUGGGCCGAGAUCCUGGCGCUACAGAAGCAAUUCCACAGCGUGGAGGUGCACAAGUGGAGGCAGAUCCUGCGGGCCUCCGUGGAGCUCCUGGAUGAGAUGAAGUUCUCGCUGGAGAAGCUGCACCAAGGCAUCACAGUCUCAGAUCCUCCCUUCGACACCCAGCCCCGGCCCGAAGACAGCUUUUCCUGAGGUCCCCAGCCACGCAGCUGUUCCCCCACAUGGACAGAUGGACACACAGAGCCUCGGCGGCCACUGCUGGCACGGUGUGAGCGCCAGGCAUCUCCCACCCGCCCCUCCGGACGGCCCGACCUGGGGCUGUGCAGACGUGGGGGCCAUGGAACCGAGAUGCACUUUAGACCAGGGAGCUGGCCCGGCCUCUGGCAGGCCCCCCACUAACUUAUUUUGCCCGGCUGAGGUUGUGGGGGGCGCCUCCUGGGGUGCACGGUUCCCUCAGCUCUGGGUUUAAUGUAUUAUAUUUAUUUGGGGCUGAUGGUGCCCCAAUAAAGGGUCAGAAGUGG